GCUGCCCUCGGACACGCCCACUCCCUAGGCAUGGCGGAAGUAGGCAGACGUCAGCAUGUUCGGAGUAGAGGAGCGGCCGCCCCGCCGCGGCCCCCAGCACACAGGGAUGAGGGACUGGGGACGGAGGCCGAAGCGAUGACCGUCUUCGUCAAGCUGCUGGCGGCCGUCUUCUACGGCCUCAGCUCCUUCUUCAUCGUCGUGGUGAACAAGAGCGUCCUCAGCGGCCACAGGUUCCCCUCCUCACUAUGUGUUGGACUUGGCCAGAUGCUGGCGACGGUGGUUGUGCUCUGGGUGGGAAAGGCUCUGAGGGUGGUGCAUUUCCCAGACUGUGACAGGCACAUACCUCGAAAGACGUUUCCGCUACCUCUGUUAUAUUUUGGAAAUCAAAUAACCGGUCUGUUCAGCACAAAGAAACUAAACCUCCCGAUGUUCACCGUCCUCAGACGCUUCUCAAUCCUGUUUACAAUGAUGGCUGAAGGCUUCUUGCUCAAGAAGAAGUUCUCACGCGGCGUGCAGACGACCGUAUUCGCCAUGAUACUCGGAGCGUUUAUUGCUGCCAGUGCUGAUCUGGCCUUUGACCUUGAAGGAUACAUAUUCAUCCUGGUAAAUGAUGUCCUAACAGCAGCCAAUGGUGCUUAUGUAAAGCAGAAGCUGGACUCCAAGGAACUUGGAAAAUACGGCCUGCUCUAUUACAAUGCAUUAUUCAUGAUUAUACCAACGCUGGCUAUCGCCUAUUUCACCGGGGACAUCGACAAGGCCGUGGCGUUUGAAGGCUGGAACGACAUGUUCUUCAUCUUUGAGUUUACACUGUCCUGUAUUAUGGGAUUCGUCCUUAUGUAUUCCACAGUCCUUUGCACCCAUUAUAAUUCUGCCCUGACGACUACAAUAGUUGGCUGCAUUAAGAAUAUCCUAAUAACCUACAUUGGAAUGUUCUUCGGUGGAGACUACAUAUUUUCAUGGACGAACUUCUUAGGAUUAAAUAUCAGUAUUGCUGGCAGUUUGGUUUAUUCCUAUAUAACCUUCACCGAAGAACAGACAAACAAACCGUCGGAAUCUAUUGGCAAACUGGACAUCAAGGGGAAAAGCGCAGUUUAAGCGCCGGUACUGGCCACUUCCGCCGUCAGCGCUGUGCCUAAAACGCGGGCGCACAGCUAUUGCUAAUUUGCACAAUUGUUUAAUUGACAUAAUGCCUUUUUUAUAUAUAUUUUUUAGAACCGAACUGUUUUUAGCAAAAAAACUAUUUAAUUCUGGAGCCGUCAAAUAAGUAUUUUUGUAACUUCACUCGUUCACUACAUUUGAUGCUGACGCAAGGACUCUGCGCCUCAGCGGAGGUACUUUUUUAUUAUUUUUUAACCAUGUGUAAAGAUGUUUAUUGUGCAGCAGCUGCCGAAGUUGUUAUUGGCAUUUCGGGGAAGCAAAUGUGAUCAUGUGUGAUCCAAAUUGGACCCACUCAGCUGUGAUUUUAGUGAAAGACAAUCUUAAAGUAGCGUUUUACGGAAAUUUAGCAAUGUUAUGUGGUUUUAUCCAAGAUGUAGCAGAGAAAUCCGUUACGUAUCUUAAACAUCGGCCCAAGACUAGAUAACUUGAUCUCGUCACAAGGAUUUAAUUGGGGAGGUAUCAAUGUUCCUGGUACGAAACGAACAUGUAGCUAUUAAACCAUGGGUCUUCAACCUGUGGCCCUUCAGCUGCUGUGAAACUACACAUCCCAGCAUGCCCUGCCACAGUUUUGCUAUUAAGGUAUGAUAAAAAUGAGGCAGGGCAUGCUGGGAUGUGUAGUUCCACAGCAGCUGGAGGGCCGCAGGUUGAAGACCCAUGUAUUAAACUCUUCCGAAUAUCAUUUCAGUUAAAGGGCUGGGCUGCAGUACCGUUUGCAACCAGCAGCUGUGGUGGUGCUGUUGUCCACAAAUCUGUGCAAGCUGAUCUGCUAGGGCAGUAGGUCCCAAACUUUCUUGAAUCACAGUGCCACAGAGUAGCAAAAACUUUUGGCUUGGGGGUGUUGUGAACUAAAUGCCUAUUGAUAGUCAUAAUUUUUGCUGACUUUAAGUAAAUUGUGCUUAUCCGUCAUCCUUGGGUUCAGUUAUAAGGUGGUGGACAGAUAACAUUAUGUUCUAGGUACAACUACAAUAUAGUCAUUUCCAGUCUGCAAACUUAUUCCAUCUUAAGUGGUACAGCUGAUCAUUAAGGUAGAUCUGAAUUGUGUACAGUAGCAGAUGUGUUAUAGGCUGAACACAACUGCAACCUAUGUUUACUAAGCACUACUGCCCUGAGGCACUUUACACCUCAUACCUCAGUGUGUUGGCAGUCCAGAGUUAACUGCUAAUGUAAAUGUCGCAGGUGAUAGGUCCAUUUUAAGGCAAAAUGUUUUAUUGGGGUCUUUGCUGUUCAUUUAGCACCCACAAGGGGGCAGUCUUGUAAUACCUUGGCCCGAUGAAUUCACAGUUCUAUGUGAAAACUGCCGUGUACAUACUAGGCACAGUAGUCUGUUACAAAUGGGUCAUUAAGUUGUAAGACAGCAACGUCACCUGGCGCUAGCCUCUCCCGCAUUGUCUUAUGUUACGGUGGGCUACAGCUGCACCAAACCGUGAAGUACAGAAAGCCUUAUUCUCUGUUUAGUAUUCAAUGAUUCUGCCAUUUGUAUCUAUUUUAAGUAAGAUCAAAUCAUUUGACAUUAAAAAAAAUUAUAUAUAUAGA